AUGAAUAUAUGGAAUAUUAUCCGACAUUAUAUCUUCUAUCAAUCAAACCAUAAACAACCAAUCCCAUUAAGUGUUAAUUAUCAUUUAACUCGUGCUUGUAAUUAUCGAUGCAAAUUUUGCUUUCAUACAUAUCUCACUAAUGAUCGCCUUCCAUUAGAUGAAGCUAAACGUGGUAUAUAUUUAUUACAACAAGCUGGUACAAAAAAAAUUAAUUUUUCUGGUGGUGAACCAUUUUUAAUUGAAAAUGGACGUUAUGUUGGUGAAUUAACACGUUUUGCUAAAGAAGAAUGUCAUAUGGCAACAAGUAUUGUCUCCAAUGGAAGUUUAAUAUCAGAGAAAUGGUUUGAAAUGUAUUCUAAAUACUUAGAUAUACUUGCUAUAUCAUGUGAUUCAUUUGAUGAUGAAUGUAAUCGACAAGCAGGACGAACAAAUGGUUAUGAACAUCAUUCGCAAAUUUCACAUGUACGUCGUGUAAGACAUUUAUGUCAACAAUAUGAUAUUAUAUAUAAAAUAAAUUCUGUUAUACAUGCACUUAAUUAUCAAGAAGAUAUGACCUGUGCAAUUGAAGAACUUGAACCAAUACGAUGGAAAAUUUUUCAAUGUUUACUUAUUAAUGGAGAAAAUACGGGUGGAGAAAAAGAUUUACGUGAUGCACGACAAUUAAUUAUAACUGAUGAACAAUUUCAAGAAUUUUGUCAACGUCAUCAACAUUUAAAAUGUUUUGUACCAGAAUCAAAUUUAGCUAUGAGAAAUUCAUAUUUAAUACUUGAUGAACAUAUGCGAUUUCUUGAUUGUACAAACGGACGUAAAGAUCCGUCACCAUCUAUACUUGACGUUGGUGUUGAAGUAGCAUUAGAUCGAAGUGGUUUUGAUGAAGAAAUGUUCUUUAAACGUGGUGGUCAAUAUAAAUGGACAAAAGAUAUUGUAGAUAUAAAUGAUUGGUAA